AUGAGCAACGUGGAGGCCCUGGAGUCGCAGGUGGCGGCGCUGUCGCCCUUCUCGGUGGAGAACUGGCCCGCCGCGCGCAUCCGCAAGACGUUCGUGGACUUCUUCACGAACCAGACGGAGCUGCCGCACACGUUCUGGAAGUCGUGCCCCGUGGUGCCCCUGGACGACCCGACGCUGCUGUUCAUCAACGCCGGCAUGAACCAGUACAAGCCCAUCUUCCUGGGCCAGGUGGACCCGUCGCACCCCAUGUCCAAGCUCGUGCGCGCCUGCAACUCGCAGAAGUGCAUCCGCGCCGGCGGCAAGCACAACGACCUGGACGACGUGGGCAAGGACGUGUACCACCACACGUUCUUCGAGAUGCUGGGCAACUGGAGCUUCGGCAACUACUUCAAGAAGGAGGCUGUGCACAUGAGCUUUACGCUGCUCACGGAGGUCUUCGGCAUCGACAAGGAGCGCCUCUACGCCACGUACUUCGGCGGCGACGAGAAGCAGGGCCUUCCCUCGGACGAGGAGACGCGCCAGAUCUGGCUCAACUACCUGCCCGCCGAGCGCGUGCUGCCCUUCGGCUGCAAAGACAACUUCUGGGAGAUGGGCGACGUCGGCCCGUGCGGCCCGUGCACGGAGAUCCACUACGACCGCAUCGGCAACCGCGACGCCUCCAAGCUCGUGAACGCCGACCUGCCCGACGUCAUUGAGAUCUGGAACAACGUGUUCAUCCAGUUCAACCGUGAACAGGACGGCAAGCUCGUGCCGCUCCCGCACAAACACGUGGAUACCGGCAUGGGCUUCGAGCGCCUGGCCUCCAUUCUGCAGGGCAAGGACUCCAACUACGACACGGACGUGUUCACGCCGCUGUUCGCCGCCAUCCAGAAGUCCACUAAGGCCGCCCCGUACACGGGCAAGCUGGGCAAGGAGGACCCGGACAAGAAGGACAUGGCUUACCGCGUGGUGGCUGACCACGUGCGUACGCUGACGUUCGCUAUCACUGACGGUGCUGUGCCCAGCAACGACGGCCGUGGCUACGUGCUGCGUCGUAUCCUUCGUCGUGCUGUGCGCUACGGCCAGCAGUUCCUCAACGCGCCGUGCGGCUUCCUCACGGAGCUGGUGCCGGUUGUUGUGAACAUGCUGGGCGAGGCCUUCCCUGAGCUGAUCCAGAAGCAGAAGGAGGUGGAGGAGAUCAUCCUCGACGAGGAGAAGUCGUUCGGCCGCACGCUGAACAAGGGCAUUGAGCGUUUCAAGAAGAUCGCUCAGGGCAUCCGCGAGGCCAACGCCGGCUCGGACAAGGCGCUGGUUGUGCCGGGCGAGGAUGCGUUCUUCCUGUACGACUCCAUGGGUUUCCCGAUUGACCUGACGGAGAUUAUGGUCGAGGAGGAGGGCAUGACCGUGGACGUGAAGGGCUACGAGGAGUGCAUGCGCCUGCAGAGCGAGCGCUCCAAGACGGACCGCAAGAAGGGUGGCAACAACGGCGCCCGCCCGCUGGUCCUCGAGGCCCGCGAGACCAGCGCGCUUGCUGGUAAGAGCAUUACCGCCACGGACGACAUGGCCAAGUACGAGUGGAGCAUCAAGACGUCGGCGAAGGUGGUGGCCAUCUUCACGACCACCGAGUCCAGCUCGGACUUCGUGGAUGAGGUGAAGGCCGGUGACUUCGAGCGCGUUGGCGUCAUCCUUGACAAGACCUCGUUCUACGCCCAGGCUGGUGGCCAGAUCUACGACACGGGCGUGGUGAGCGGCGCCAACUUCAAGCUGGACGUGGACUCCGUGGAGUCGUACGCUGGUUACGUGAUGCACAUGGGCCCGAUCGCUUCUGGCUCGAUCAAGGUUGGCGACGCCGUGGAGUGCCAGGUCGACUACGCUCGCCGUAGCAAGAUUGCCCCCAACCACACCAUGACGCACGUUCUCAACUUUGCCCUGCGUAAGGUGCUCGGCACGACCGUGGACCAGCGUGGUUCGCUUGUGGACGAGUCGCGUCUGCGCUUCGACUUCACGAACAACAAGGCGCUGAAGGCCAACCAGCUCGCGGAAGUGGAGGCCAUUUGUGACGACAUCAUCAAGCAGCAGCUCGAGGUGUACACGCAGGACUCGGCUCAGGCGGAGGCCAAGCGUAUCCAGGGCCUGCGUGCUGUGUUCGGUGAGACCUACCCGGACUUCGUUCGCGUCGUUUCCAUCGGCCAGCCGAUUGCCCCGAUGCUCGAGGAUCCGGAGAACAGCACCUGGAGCAACUUCUCGGUCGAGUUCUGCGGUGGUACCCACCUGAAGAACACCAAGGAGGCCAAGAAGUUCGUGCUGUACGAGGAGGGCGCUAUUGCCAAGGGUAUCCGUCGUGUGUCGGCUUACACAUGCGACCUCGCCAAGGAGGCCGAGGAGCGUGGUGCCAAGCUGCAGGCCGAGCUCAACGCUAUCGACAUGAUGGACGGCAACGAGUUCGUGGAGCGCGUGUCGGCCUUCAAGCCCGUGCUGGACCAGGCGCUGAUCUCGCUACCGCUGAAGGACCAGCUCCGCAAGCAGGUGGACGGCCUCGUGAACCGCGUCAAGAAGAUUAAGAAGGAGGCUGCGGCUGCUCGCGCCGCCAACGGUGUCCGCGACGCCACCGCCGAGGCCACCAAGGCCAAGGAGGCCGGCCAGGAGAUCGUCGUCGUGAAGUUCGACGUCGGCACGGACUCGAAGCUGGGCCGCGAGAUGCUGGAGGCCAUGACCACCAUCAUCCCGACGGGCAGCUUCAUGAUCUUCAGCACGGACUCGGACGCCAACAAGACGGCGGCCUUCACGCAGGUGAGCCAGCACCACGUGGACUCGAAGCAGCUCGACGCGCGCAAGUGGGUGAACCACGCCAUGGCCGUGAUGAAGGGCAAGGGCGGCGGCAAGGACGCCCUGAACGCCACGGGCCAGGCCAAGACCGUGGAGAAGGUGGACGAGGCCGUGGCGCUCGCCAAGGCCUUCAUCCAGUAA